AUGGUCACCCCAAAGAAAACGAUCCGAUCGCAUACACCAAAAAAGGGCUCUUCAGCUUCACAACUGCCCAAGAAACCCGUCAAAGCCAAUCAGAGCAUUCUGAGUUUCUUCAAAAAGGCUGAGAAACAUGAAACUUCUCUUUUCCUCGGAGAAUCACAAGAGAUUGCGGAAACCGAGGAUCUCUACACUGCCGAUGACGCUGACAUUUCGACUCGAUUCAACGAGACUGGUUCACCAAACAAAAGACGAAAACUAAGCCAAGAGCCCGAGCAAACGACUAAAAAGGAAUGUUCCGUGAAAGUUGAAGAGAUAGUUGUAACGAAAGACCGCUCAUCACCUGUUAAGAGCGAUGACGAACCACGAAAGAAGUCAACGAAACCCAAGAUCAAGACUCCCUUCGUGGACUCAGACAGCGAGGAUGAACCUGAUGAAACCAAAGCCACAAACAACAAGUCUGAGAAACAAGGCCAAUGUACGGAGUUUUCCCCGCAUAACGAGGUCCCGACGGACGGAUUUACUAAGACCGAUGAAAAGAAAGAGACAGAUACUAGUGCCCCGGCUCUGAAACAGGAAGAUUCGACAUACCAAAAUUUUGACGACUUUGAAGAUAUAGCAGACGAAGAAUUACCCGAUUUAAACGAUUUGGAGGGAGAGGAGAUGCGAGUAAUGCGUUUCAUGAAAGAGCAGGCACGAUUAGAGGCGGAAGAAGCAGGAGUAUCGAGCGAAGAUUUGGCCGACGACCCUCUUGACGACGAUUCCAUGACGGAGAGCUGUCCAAUUUGCAAUGGCAGUCUGACGGGGAUUUCCAUAGAUGAAGCGACACGGCAUGUCAACUCCUGCCUCGACGAACACCCAAUCCCUUUACCAAAGGAGAAAGCAACGGCAGAGAAGCUUUCCCCUACCAAGCCCACCCCAAAUCACGAGGUCGAAUCAACUGAAGUCGGCAAGCGAUUCGCGCGUGCCGCCGUACCCAGACCUGGCCAGGCCAAUCCCUUGGAUGUCAAGACUUCUGGCCCAGCUCCUAAAACGGCCUUUUCUAAGCUCAUGUCCAAUAAGGCUGAAGACUCGGCAUGGCAAGAGGCUGCCGCCGCCGAGCAUGCUUCACGAGGAAAGCAAGCUUACGAGAGGACAUGUCCUUUUUACAAAAUUAUGCCUGGUUUCUCCAUCUGCGUCGAUGCGUUUCGUUAUGGUGCCGUCCAAGGUUGUAAAGCGUAUUUUUUGAGCCAUUUCCAUAGCGACCAUUACAUCGGAUUGACAGCAAGAUGGUGCCAUGGUCCUAUAUAUUGCAGCAAGGUCACUGGCAGUCUUGUCAGAAAUCAGCUACGCACGGCGGCGAAGUGGGUUGUCGAGCUUGAGUUCGAUAAAUCCUACGACAUACCGGGGACUGAAGGUGCAACCGUUACGAUGAUACCAGCAAAUCAUUGUCCGGGAAGCUCACUAUUUCUCUUCGAGAAAACAAUGAAACAAGGAACCAACAGUCGCGUCCAGCGUAUAUUGCAUUGUGGAGAUUUCAGAGCUUGUCCUGCGCAUGUCAAGCAUCCUCUUCUCAAACCAGAGAUUGCUGAUUCCAUUCCCGGGAAGAUUAAACAACAACAUAUUGAUAUUUGCUAUUUGGAUACGACAUACCUCAACCCACGAUACUCCUUUCCGCCCCAGAACGAUGUCAUUCAAGCUUGUGCCGACCUCUGUGGAUCAAUGUCUCCUGACCCGAAUUGCAAAGACGAUAUUUGGGAAAAAGCCAGUGGACAGGGUACUCCCGCGGUCAGCAAAUUCUUCCCGAAUACAAAACCUGAUGAGGCUGGAAAGGUCGAUGCCAAGAACAAGCCGCCUCAACGUCUACUCGUGAUUUGUGGCACCUACUCGAUUGGAAAGGAGCGCAUCUGCAUCUCCAUCGCUAAAGCUCUAAAGUCUAAAAUCUUUGCAUCGCCUGGCAAGAUUAAAAUCUGCAAACAGCUUGAUGACCCAGAGCUCUCUGCGCUCCUCACAUCCGAUCCUCUAGAGGCGCAAGUGCACAUGCAGAUGUUGAUGGAGAUUCGUGCCGAGACUCUUCAAGAGUAUCUCAAUAGCUACAAACCGUAUUUCAGCCGUAUAGUUGGACUUCGCCCCAGCGGUUGGAACUUUCGACCAGCGGGCAAAGCUAUUGGUGCCAACACUCCUCCUGGAAGCAUUCAUACUCAGCAGAUCCUCCACGACAAGGGAUGGCGCACGCGUUUCGGGUACAAGGACUUUAUUCCACAGCGAGGCAGCACCAAAGAAGCCAUGUGUUUCGGUGUCCCAUACUCAGAGCAUAGUAGUUUCCGAGAACUGGCUAUGUUUCUCAUGAGUUUGAGAAUUGAAAAGGUCGUGCCAACAGUUAAUGUAGGCAGUGAGCAGUCAAGAAAGCGGAUGAAGGGGUGGACAGAUCGUUGGCUGUCUGAGAGGAGACGAGCAGGGUUGGUGAUACCGCUUAUUGAAGGUGAAGAUAACGACCAAGUGGCUGAGAAAGAACUGUGGGACGGUAAACCAGGCAAGGCAGGGGGGGCGUUUUGGUAA